AUGGAGCCUCCGGAGCAGGACGAGACGCCACUGGACGUGGAUGCUGGUGAGGAGGAAGAGGAGGUGGAGAUCUUCUCGGCCGAUGCAACAGCUUCUGCACACUCCUCCGCGCCGUCUACUGACCGGACGUCGCUGUUGCCGCCGGCCCCGCGUCGCUGCGUGUCCAAGGAGAUGCUGGAGCAAAUGCCGACGCUUAGUAUUAACACUCGCUACCAUGAUGUGACCAUGCGCAAGCCUUUCGGCUGCUUCCACCUCAUGCAGCUCAUCGAAAAGUCCAUUCAGGUGGGGGCGCUCUUCUCUCCCAAGCUCUUCGUGCCCAAGGAGAUCUGGCAGCAGGACAGAGUCAAGCUCGCGGGUGUCCCUCUUAAAGUGGAGGUGUUUCAUCAGCUCAAACAGGGGCUCGAGAAGACCAGUCAUGCGCUGCCACUGUCAUCGGAUACAGCCAAAGCUGCGUUUGUUAAAGAGCUGGACUCACUCCUGGACUUCGCGAGACAAGAGCGCGUGCACUUGAUCCGGUCGUUCCCAUUUCUGCCUCAAGAUAAGAGUCAUGUUGCCCCGCAGCUGACGCGUAGAGGAAGCAGCAGUGUGGCAGAAGAGGGCUCUGCGGAUGCUCACUCGUCUGGAAUCGGCAAGCUGACAAAUCUAGCUUUUGGGUUCGGACGCAUGGUCAAGAAACAGGCUAUUGCUGCGGUGGAACGCGUCGGUGCGGCUCCAUCCGUUUCAGUGUCUGUCGAUGAGUUGGAUGAGUACGCGGCUGUGCUCUGCAUGUUCUUCAAUUCCACGCGGAGCAUUGAAAAUUUACUUGGACUCCGAGCAGAUGCUGACGGCACUCAAGAACAAGUGAACGAUCCCAAGGCCGAAACGGAGGGCUCUCAAUUGGACCCCACUACUCUGAAGAAGCUAGAAGAUCUCGCCAUCUUCUUAGACGAGGUUGUCAUCGAGCUUGUAAUGCGCGAUGUUCACACUCUUUUGGAGCUCUAUAUGCGAAGACUGACGCGGCAGUUCGGAGAGUUUACUGUGGAACAGGCGAUGCUCAAACGCCAUCCGUCGAUAUCGGCGUAG